UCUAGACCUCGCUAUAUAUUUUCCUCUUUCGGCAUAGCUUGCAGCCUUAAACCCAGGAUUUUUUUGCUCCCUUAUCAUCUCUGGCAAAAACCCUAGCCUCCUCUUAUUACAUUCGCCAAAAUGACAGGGGAGGCAGUUAACCCAAAAGCAUACCCGCUUGCAGAUGCUCAGCUCACCAUUACUAUACUCGAUCUUGUUCAACAAGCAGCCAACUACAAGCAACUCAAGAAAGGAGCCAAUGAAGCUACUAAGACCCUUAAUAGGGGUAUCUCUGAGUUCAUUGUGAUGGCUGCCGAUACUGAGCCCCUUGAGAUUCUUCUCCAUCUUCCCUUGCUCGCUGAAGAUAAGAAUGUGCCUUACGUAUUUGUCCCAUCAAAGCAAGCACUUGGCCGAGCAUGUGGUGUCACAAGACCUGUUAUUGCUUGUUCUGUGACAUCAAAUGAAGGAAGCCAAUUGAAGACCCAAAUACAACAACUCAAAGAUGCCAUUGAAAAGCUCUUGAUAUGAAAUAUUGCAUAAUAUGCAUGUUCGGUGUGAUGGGCCUCUCGGAUUGUCAGUGGUCUCUCCAUUGGAGGCUUUGACUGAUGAAGUUGUAUCACUAGAGACCAAAGCUUUUUACAAUGACCUUUAUUAAGAUUCUUAGUUUAAGUUUUUUCUGAUGCUUUGUGACUAUACUCUUAAUAUUUUUCCAGAACUUGAGAUAAGUCAUGCUUUGAACUUAUAAUUAUAUGGGUUGUUUAAUGUGAGUUGAUUGUGUGUUACUGCGUAAAGAUUAUUGGAAGUUUUUGUCACAGUUGAUUUGCUAAAUGUGAUAUAAGUUAUUGUGGUGAA